AUGACGUGCAAAGAAGAUUACUAUGACUACCUCUACAAAAUUGUCCUCAUUGGAGACAGUGGCGUAGGGAAGUCCAAUAUGCUCUCAAGAUUCACGCGGGAUGAAUUCAACCUCGAGAGCAAGUCGACAAUAGGCGUGGAGUUCGCGACAAAGAGUGUGUACUUGGAUGAGGGGAAGGUCAUUAAGGCGCAAAUCUGGGAUACCGCUGGCCAGGAGCGGUACAGGGCCAUUACUUCUGCGUAUUACCGCGGCGCGGUCGGUGCCCUGCUGGUAUAUGACAUAACGAAGCGACAGUCCUUCGACAACGUGGAGCGCUGGCUGAAGGAGUUGCGGGAUCAUGCGGAUCCGAACAUAGUAAUUCUAUUAGUUGGAAACAAGAGUGACCUGCGCCACCUUCGGGGUAUUACCCCGGAGGAGGCUACGCGAUUCGCGAAUCGCGAAAAUCUCGCAUUCAUUGAAACGAGCGCACUCGAUGCUACGAAUGUUGAGCAGGCUUUCCACCAGAUCCUUGCUGGUCAGUGA